GGCAUAUUCCGUGUGCUCAGGCACCUGGCCGUUGAUGCGCAGAUCGCUCUUCAAUGCUCGGGCUGGACGUUCCAAGAUUCACGAGGGAAACUUCGGACCCGCUGAGGCAGGAAUGCGAAUUCAAUUAUCGCAUGUGCCCAAUGUCGCGCGGAUGUUGGGUCCAGACCGUUCAGUGACAUACCUUCCCCGAUAUGGAAACCGGCUUGGUCUGGAUUUCCGAUCAUCGAUUUCUUUUCCAGCCUGGGACGGAGCUUCUUGGCAACCACACUCUCCGUUUCGCAUAAACCCCUCGGCUCAGAGUCACAGCGAUCAGAAGACGCACGGCGGCCGUGGAAUGUUGAUGAUUUCGAGCGACCUAAGCGCAACAAGAGGUACAGGAGUUGAGGGUGGAAUGGAAUGGGAGGGCGUGUGAGCUCAUCCCGCAGCGGCAAUCGCUCAUGACCGCAUGUACGUGCAAGGUCCGCAGUUCGAGCGAGGUGUUUUGAGCCACCUCUAUGCAGCCUCUGUACUCCACGGCACGUCUUCGCGGAGAUGUCAAAAUGAAUUACUAGGCAGGCUGCUCGAGCACUAGCUCCUAAAGCCUCUUGAGAUCGCCAACUUUUAACCGCACGGGCCGAAAUGGAAGUGCCAACCACCCUCCCCCCAUCAUGCCCUUUGUCGACAUCGUCAGCUCUGGUGGUCCUCUGAGCGUGGCGUACACGAUCUCGACGCCUUCAGCCGCGUCCGCCAAGAGUGUCGUUCCUGGCUUACCGGUCGUGGUGUUCCUCCAUCCAGUUUUCAUUGGGCAGCAUGGGUUUCACCCCCAAUUCGCGGACCCACAGCUUAGGCGAUUCAACCUCGUCGCGCUCGAUCUCCGCGACCAUGGUGCAUCCGUCGGAACGGUCAAGGACGAUUACGGCGUCGCGUCGGCGGUGGACGAUGUCGUCAAGUUCCUGGAAGCACUGAAGCUGCCCCCGGUCCAUCUUGUCGGGGUCAACUACGGAUCGCUCAUCGCGCUCGAGCUGGCCGCCCUGUGGCCUCAACGCGUCCAGUCGCUCACCCUCGUCUCGCCACCGGCCAUGGAGGAGCCUGAAGACGUUGCCGAGGGCCGGAGGGAGAUCUACGCGUGUUGGCAAGCGGGAUUUCCACCCGGCCAGCCUCCAGAUGAGAUUGCACUCCUCGACGCUGUAUGCGGGGCGCUUCAAGUCGGGACCAACAACCAGCAGUCGCCUCUCAUAUCCGCGUCAGCGCAAGCAUCCUCCUCGUCUUACCCCUCAAUUGAUUCCUCGCUUUCGUAGAUUGACGAAAGUCACCCUCGCUGCGGCGGCGCACAACUGGAGCCCGCCGAGGUUGGAAGAGCUGUUCUGCGCCACCGCGCUGUUUUUCAUCAACCGGGACCGGCCGACAUUGGAAGGAAUCACUGCCCCGGUGCUUCUCGUGCAUUGCGGUGAAGACAUCGCGUAUCCCAGGGCAACGACCGUGGAGCUAAAGCAUGCACUCGAGCGCGCCGGGGUUGCCCAUGUGAAGCUGGAGGAUGUCCCUGGUGCUGUCCAAUGGGGUCAUCUCACACAUCCCGGAGAGAUCAACAAGAUGAUUCAUGACAUGGUCGUUGAUUGCGCGAUUGAGAAGGAUGUACCGCUCGCGCCUCGGAGUGUUGUGUCCCCGUUUGGCGAGGAUCUCGGUCAAGCAGGGUUGCGUGGGGAGGAUGAGGAGUCAGAAGAUGACGAAUCAUCUUGAAUGUCUUCUUCUCUCUGGUUUUUUUAUGGUCCCUCGGCAUGAUAUACCCACCUUCGACACGCCCAAUGUAACAGUGCCCUGUGUGCUUAUCAUAGGGUGAGGCACAUUCUCCGGGGUGUGUAUGAUGCGCCCUCGACAAUCCAAGCUAUUCCGAUUCCGAUUCGAGUCCGAGAAAGCAUAUGGAACAGUAUUGGACUGGAGAGCUCUCUUGCCGGCUGUUUUAUUCAGCUCUAUCUCAAUAACUCUCAUUUCACGUGAUCGCGUUUGGCCGGCCCGGCUCGUCUUGCUGUGUCUGUCGCAAUCAGGUUGCUGUGUGCUAAGAAUUCACUGAGCGGAGCACUCAUUCGAUUACGAGUAUCCUGUCUUCAACGCAGGGUAAUCGGCGGCCGCAACUGAUGGUGCUUACUCUACUUCAACCCGGGAAUCUCCGUAAGGCGGUGCAUCAAGCGCGUACUUGCUUCUGGCAACAACCACAUCUGCCUGUGGCGUGCAUUAGACGCUUUGGGCUCACAUGAGCAGCGGUUCUGGACGGAUGGAUAGGGCCCCCAUCGUGAUCGAGUUGAUGGAUAUCCGCGCGCUCUCGGCACACUAUACUUGGGUCGGUUUGGCCUUGGACGACUGGAAAGGGAAUGCUUAUGCUGGGUCUAGCUAUGUGACGGCGUCAACGACGUCAGCGCGCGGCUUUGGGGCGUCAGCCACUCUGUAAGCAUCUAGGCACUUGGCAUCAUCACCCAGUGUCGCACUCAGCAUGAGGAGAGCACUGGACGCUCUACCACCGCAGCGGCCUUAUUCCGUGCUUCCGGGUUCUCAGACCAGAUCUACGGCGCACUCUCUCCCCUCUCUGCGACGGCGCGCUCCAUGGUAUGCCGCUCCCCCUUGGCCUCAAGGUCGCAUGGCUGGCGCUGUCUGGCUCCGGUGUAAUCAGCUGCUGGGCCGUGCUUAUCCCCCUGGCGUGGAGAAUGCAGAGUUAUUGGGGUCCAGUCGGAUACGCACUGGGCGUUACCGUCCUCGAGGGUGCUUUUAUCUUGGGGAUGUCGCGGCGGGGGUUAGAUCCCCAGCGGUCCCCGGUGGGCGUUUGUCUCGCACAAGUGCUCGUGAUCGGAUUCUCGACGUUCUUCAUAGCUGGGAUCUUGGCGGCUCUGACGACGGCUACGACGAUGCACAUCGCAAAGCCAAAACGAUGGGGUCCUGGAUCAGAUGUCAAUGUUCUCAGAUGGAAGAGCCACUACAUUCUUCCCGUCCUUCUCUUUCCUGUGCUAGCAUCCGCUGUCCAGUCCACCCUCGUGCUAUUCUCGGCCACGUUCGGUGAAGAGGACAGCCUCACGUGUAUUCCAUCUCCUCUAUGGCUCCGCUUUGUCGGAUAUGCGGGCACACCUCUGCUCAUAACCCUCCCCUGCCUAUGGCUCACUUGCCUGUCCGCCUGGAGGAUCUGGCGGACCCAUCGACACAUCUCACGGUCACGGAGGUCAAUCCAAUUUGACAAUCUCGACAAGUACACGGUCGUACCGCCCCGCCGGCGUCCCUCGAAACACGAGUCCAAGUCUGGCGCAUCUAGAUCGACCGGAACCCGCCCGCCAACGCCACGAGCAGUGACGUUCCCUUCUCCGCCUGUUUCUUCGACCAUCCGCAUGACACGCGAGCCGCGGAGGCAGCCGACCAGCCUGGCUGUGCGCGAAAAGCGGAUGAAGAGCUUCCACCUACCCUUCGUCCCGAGCUCCUUGGGAGGCGGCAACUCCUCGAGGAGGACGUCGUCAGACGCCUUGCAUUCACAUCCGUGCGACGAAUCAUUCGGCACCAUCUCGAGCAUCUCGUUUGCGGAGAUGAAGCCUGCCCCCGCGGUUACGAGGGGUACGUCCGCCGAUGUCAGCCCGACUCCGUUGAGGUCGAUUCCGCUGUCUGAAAGCCCACUGAACAAUACCGAGCGGACGCCGACAUCGAUCCGGGACAACGGCGAUGGGCGGCGGAGUUCGAUCAUGGAGAUCGCGCGGUUUGUGUAUCACAGUGAGCCACGACGGCAGAGCUCGGAGGCGGAGGCUGUUAGUCGCGAUAAGUCUACCCCAGCGCGCUCGUCGCGCAUCUCACAGUCAGACUCGGACUGGCAAGACGUCACGUCGGAGAUAUUCUCCGACGCGACUACGUCUGAUCUGGCCGCUUCCUCGCCGGAGCUCGGAUAUCACUGGCAGUACCACCAACCGAGCAAGCUCUCCCCACUGCUGCGCAACAUUGUCAUCUUCCAAUUUGCGAUCAUCGCCACACACAUUCUUUCAGUGAUCACACCCCUGGUCGAUCUUUCGAGGACAUCACCCUCGGAAUUCGGGACACAGCAUGUGGCACUGGUCCUUGCUGCCUGGAUUCCGGUGGUUGUAUUCGGCUUCUUGCCAUGGAUAAUGGACACACAAAACCAUAGCCUGUAACCAUGUACUUCAUUACUUCAUUAUUUGAGUCGUAAUAUCUAAUAGCACGGACGUUUCACGCCAUUCGUGAUUA